AUGUCUACCGCUUCCAAAGUCACCUUUGCAACCUCGUGCCUUUUUGCACUCGGAUCUUUCGCAUAUAUUAACAUCGAGCAGCGCAAUGAGCGAGAGAAUAUGCGCCAGGGUCCCAUCAAGGAUGCAGAGAGAAUGAGACAGAAAAUGACCAAAAAGCAGUUGGCCAACGACUUGGAGCACAAAGAGCAAGCUGCAUUGCGUGAACAUUAUGAGAAGAUCCAGCCACUUAAUGAAGAAGUUAUUCGUGGAGAGGACUAG